UAGUAUUUUCAAAAUACAUUGAUAAACCAAUUUAGCUAGUCUCAAACCAAAAAUUGCAUGUUUUAACUUAUUUUCACACCACCUAACCAAAAUGUGUAAAAUUUUUCAAUGGUGACUAACCCAUCCACGAUCAUUUUUCAAUUGUGACUAACCCACCCAUGAUCAACUCUUCCCUCCCAAGUCCCAAUAGACCCAACAAGUCAACCAUUAUGCACAAAGUGGUGCUCUUCAAAUUCGAAGUCCAUUUGGUUAGUUUUUCUUAAGGCAAACAAAACCCUUUCGAAACUACUUUAUUUUUGGAAAAAAAAACCCUUGGAAAAACUACCCUUUCAUCUACUCAGUUAAUCAGCUGACAACCCAGAAAACUCUUACCUGUUUUACUCACUCCUUCAAAAACCUAGUACUCACUACCUAUUAUAUACAGUAAUUCACAAAAAAAAAGAAGAAAAAAACCCGCAAAGAUUGAGCAGCAGAAAACCCAAAAAAAAGGGUUUUGUUUUUUAAUUCUGUAAAAAUCAAAUUGAGUUUUGUGGGUUUCCGUAACAUUCAAUUUCUGGGGUUUUCUUGGUUCUUCAAUUCGACUACAAUUUCGGGUCCUGUGAAUAAUUUUUCAACCCAGUGUGUUGGAAGGGUUUUUCUAUCGAUCAAUUUUGAUAAAGGUGAUCGUUUCCGAGUUGGGGUAUGGAGAUGGAUGAGGAAUUGAUCACUGCUUGCAAGGACAAGUUGUUACAGUUCCGGUUAAUAGAGCUAAAGGAUGUACUUACUCAAGUAGGCCUUCCAAAGCAAGGGAGGAAGCAGGAUCUUGUGGACAGAAUUUUGGCCUUGCUUUAUGAUGAAGGCACUCCAGGUCUCUUCAAGAAUAAUGUCAAUGGGAAGGAAGGAUUGGUGGAAAUAAUUGAAGAUGCUUACAGAAAGAUGCAUGAAUCGGGAAGUAAUGGCUCAAGUGCAAAAAAACAAAAUUGUUCAGGUAGCAGCAGAACGCAACCUAAAGAGGAAGCUGAAGAUCUAAAUGAGUUAGAAAGGAAAAUUCGUUGUCCUUGUGGCAGUGAUGUUCCUGGUGGUGGUGCAUUGGUUCAGUGUGUGGAUCCAGAUUGCAAUGUAUGGCAACAUAGCAGCUGUGUGAUCAUUCCUGAGAAGCCAACAGAGAAGAUUUCCAUGCCUAUACAGUUUUUAUGUGAAAUCUGUCGAGUGAAACGUGCUGAUCCCUUUUGGGCAACUAUGGCACAUCCUCUGUAUCCUGUCAAGCUAUCAUCUUCCACACUUCCUGUUGAUGGUACAAACCCACAUGUAAUCGUGGAAAAGAACUUCAAAUUAACAAAGGCGGAUAGGGAAUUGUUGCAGAAGGCUGAAUAUGAUGUUCAGGCUUGGUGCAUGCUCUUUAGUGAUGGUGUUCCAUUUCGGAUGCAGUGGCCACUAUAUGCAGAUCUGCAGGUUAAUGGUAUCCCGGUCAGGACUGUGAGUAGAGCUGCUUCACAGCAGUUAGGAGCUAAUGGACGUGAUGAUGGUGCAAAAAUUACAUUGUACAUUGUAGAAGGAGUUAACAAGAUAUCUUUAUCUGGCACCGAUGCCCGUACUUUUUGUUUUGGUGUCAAACUUGUGAGAAGGCGUACGCUUGAGCAGGUGCUAAGCAUAAUUCCUAAGGAAUCUGAUGGUGAAUCAUUUGUGGAUGCACUUGCUCGAGUUCAGCGCUGCAUUGGCGGCGGUAUUACGACUGGCAAUGAUGAUAGUGAUAGUGAUUUGGAGGUCAUUGCUGAUUCAAUCCCUGUUAAUCUCCGCUGUCCUAUGAGCGGCUCUAGAAUGAGGACUGCUGGAAGAUUCAGAGCUUGUGCACACAUGGGUUGCUUUGAUCUUGAAACUUUUGUGGGACUAAAUGAACGCUCUAGGAAGUGGCAAUGCCCUAUAUGUUUGAAGAACUACUGCCUUGAAGAUAUUAUUGUUGACCCUUUCUUCAAUCUUAUUCUAAAGAAGAUGCGAAGCUGUGGAGAAGAGUUAACUGAGAUUGACAUGAAGCCUGAUGGAUCUUGGCGGGUAAAGAAUGCCCGUGAAGUUGGGGAUCUUGCUCAGUGGCACGGCCCGGAUGGUUUGGUCCAGGUGUCCAACCUGUCACAAACUGCGAGGGAAUAUGUGUCAGAGUGCAAUACUUCAAAUCCAGGCAUGCCAAAUAAUGUUGCCAACUGGCAUGCUGUUGGACAAGGGAGUGAAGAAGUUGAAAAUAUUGACCAGAAUAUUAUUAGAAUGAGCAGCACUACCACAGGAGAUCUGAAAGAUGAUGGAGACCCGAGUAUCAAUCAAAAUGGUGUUGAGCAAUUUGGUGUUUCUGAUAUGAAUGAACCUGAAGUUAGCUCAAGCCUGCCGAACUUUGGCCAAAUAUAUGAAUCUAAUGGCCAAAAUUGUAAUCUUCCUACUGCAUGUGCUGAUGUUAUUAUUCUCAGUGAUUCAGAAGAUGAUGAUGUUAGUCUGGUUUAUCCUGAAACUUCUCCUGUGGUUUGUCAUGCUAAAAAUGAAGAAUACUCGAUUCCUGUGCCUGAAAAAGAUCUCAGCUCAUAUCCUGUUGGUUCUGAUGAGGGCCAUGGUAUUUUCAAUGCGAAUCCUGGCGAUUUUCUGAUUUCUCAGUCCGCUACACCCAAUAGUUUGCCAGGAGGUUCUGGAUUUGAUUUCUUUGGUACUUCAGGAGCUUUGCUUAAUGAGCACAAUCCUGCUGCCUACUCAGGACCUGUUAAUUGUGUGCUAAACUCUGGUUCAACUAUGGAUCCUGUUCCUCAUGUGAUCACCUCAUAUGAUCCCCACAACACAUUUGACCAUCAAUUUGCCUCUGCUAAUGGGGACAUCCCUUUAGAAGUUAUCCUUCCAGAUCCAGUUGUUUCCGGAAAUGAGCUGCCAGUUUUAACUAGCAGUCCUGGUGAGGAUUGGAUUUCUUUGAAAACAGGGGCUAAUGGAAAUGAGAGUUCCAGCAGCAAUGUGGAGGCCCAUCAGGAAUCUGCCAGCGAAAAUGGGCUGGAUUUGCAAAACCAGUUUAGGUCUAAAGAAGAUUCUUUACUUCAAAGGACUCAUGGUGAAUCUGGAUGUGGAUCUGAUGUUGCUGCUAGUAGAAAGAGGUCUGAUGGUCCUUUCACAUUUCCUCGCCAGCAAAGAUCUCAAAGAAGACGGCCUUGUAUACAAACAUCUAAGAACCUCACAUCCAAUCAAUGUAAAUAGUAGUAGCACACUUGGACGUGUUAUAGACGUUCUAUGGGACCAUUGUGGGAGGCUAAUUGUUAAAUUGGCUUUCCAUUUCUAUAGUGGUUGUCCUUUUUUACCUUGGAGGGUUUACCUUUCAGAGCCAAUUUUAUCAUGCUUUUUAGGAAACGGCUGAUUUUUCACCUUUCACAAUUUUGAUUAUCUGUGAAGAAUUGUUGUCAUAUGGUGGCCCAUCAGUUGAAUGAAGAUGUGGGCUAUUAUUGUCUAACAUUGCUGGAAGAUCACGUGGAUCAAGUUGGGCGUGUUCUCCUGCAUAUCAGAUUUUGGGUCUGUGCCCUGAGGGAGCAAGCUUGCCAAUUGCAAAUCCACGCAAAGAUGGAAGAAACUUUGCAAGAUGACUGUUAAUAUUUUAGUUUGGCAUAUCUGAACCAUGUUCAGCUGACAAUUAAAUUGUAAAGAAGAUAAAUUACUCGGUGACUGAUCUAAAACAAGGAAAUUUUUCCCGCAGGAGCUACAGUCCAACGGUCCAGUGAAGUAUGUUCCAAGGUCUACUGGUCAAGCCUGAUGAUAUUUGCUAUUCAUAUUUCUGAUUGAGAAUAGAUAGAUUAAUUCUGCUACAGAAUGAGGUUUUAUUAGUGAAUCUGACUAGAAUUAGGUUUUUUCAUUCCUCCCCCCCCCCCCCCCCCCCCCCCAAGGUGUAGAUUAGCCGAAACAGGUAGUUAAGGGUGACAGCUGAUUUAGUGGUGGUGCUGCAGAGGCCAUGGGUUUGUCUGAUUUAUUUGGAAGCUUCUUAUGUUGGGAAGCUGUCCAUGAUAGAGGAUGACUGACCGAGAUUUCUUCGCAAAAA